GUUCGCCGCGCCACCACCGCCAGUAGCCGCAGCAGCGGAGGCAGCGGCGCGCCUCGCCACCAUGAAGGUGACCGUGGACUUUGAGGAGUGUCUGAAGGACUCGCCGCGCUUCAGGGCAACUUUAGAAGAAGUAGAAGGAGAUGUGACAGAGCUGGAACUGAAACUUGACAAGCUGGUGAAGCUUUGUAUUGCAAUGAUUGAUACUGGGAAAGCAUUUUGCACAGCCAACAAGCAGUUCAUGAAUGGAAUUCGAGAUCUUGCACAAUAUUCCUGUAAAGACACAUUGGUUGAGACCAAUUUGACGAAGUUCUCUGACACCUUACAGGAAAUGAUCAAUUAUCAUAAUAUUCUGUUUGACCAAAUCCAAAGAUCAAUUAAAACACAGCUUCAGACUUUCGUUAAAGAAGAUAUUAGGAAAUUCAAAGAUGCAAAGAAGCAGUUUGAAAAAGUGAGUGAAGAAAAGGAGAAUGCUCUGGUGAAAAAUGCCCAAGUUCAAAGAAAUAAACAACACGAGGUGGAGGAAGCAACCAACAUUUUGACUGCAACGCGGAAGUGUUUUCGACACAUAGCUCUGGAUUAUGUUCUGCAGAUCAACGUUCUUCAAUCUAAAAGGAGAGCAGAAAUCUUAAAAUCGGUAAGAUAUAUUUUAUCCUCUGUAUAUCAAAUAUUUUAAUACACCUGAAAUUAAAAAUAUGACCACAAAACAGUAUGUUAAAAUUUUGGGCCUUUUAUUGAUCAGUACAUUUGGCACUUUGGUUACUGUUAGUUUGGCCUUUACUGUAGCUGGGCAUACAUGUUUAACAUGUAUUUGAUAAUCCUUCUGGUUCAGAUUUGAACACUUACAGGUUUUCACUACUCUUGAUCCUUUGGUAUGUGUUUCACAGUUAAAAUCAAACUUUGUUUGCCAAGAAUUCUAUUUAGGUCUGGUUUAUUACUUUGUAAACAGUAAGUGCUACUUACAAUAAUUCUAAGAUAAAUUCUGCUCUUUCUAAGAACAGGCAA